CUCUCACGAAACAGCAACCAGCGUUAACGUCGUCCGACCAACUCAGCCCGAGCUGUCCAAGAAACACUGGACAGCACUAUACAGAUCGACUUACCAAAAUCUGUCUCCGUUACUCGAGCUUCAGUCAAACGCUAUCAUUUCAAUUUCUUCCCGAUUUUUUUUUUUCCGUGAGCUGGGCGUUAUUGCCUCCCUAACAUCCCACCAGCUUAUUGUCGUUGUUGGGAAUGGCGACGGUGGUGGUUUUGGACCGGGUGCGAUUGAGUCAAAUCAUCACCCUGGUUGGCUACAGCAUCUUGUGCUCGUUCUGCCUCCUGUUGCUCAUUUAUCUACGCUGGAACCGCCUUGUCGCCUUCAAGGGAGAUGCCCAAGCCACAUGCAAAGUCAUUCUGCCAGCAUUUGAGCCGCUGUUGUGGAUCCUCGCGGUUGUCACGGGUGGCUAUUCGGUCUUCUUCGCAAUCGCACUGCACGCCAAGCUGUACACGACCAAGUUCCCGUACCUCGACAGCGAGAUCAUCUAUGCCGGUCGACAAUUCGUCUUUGUUCUCGCGCUGAUAUAUCUGUGUCAGAAAAGCGUGUCGGUUCCUGCUCUUCGCCGCGCAGUGAUCAAGGCGGUCCUGCUCGCUUCGUACACUGUGCCCGUCGUGUGGCUGCUCAACCACUUCGUACCAAAUGAAACGAUGGUCUUCUUUUUCGUUAGGCUCUUGUUCCGCCCGACGAUCUUGAUUUUCGUGAUCUACGUGUGCUUUAUCAGCCCACCGGCAGGUCGAGCAAGCCCGACGUCUCUGCGCAUUCACGGCGCGUACAUUAUCACGUAUCAUGUGUUUACGAUCAUCAGUGUUCUUGUCCAGCACUAUUAUCCAGACUCCCCUGGAUACUCAGCACUGUCUUAUAUUGUGCUAACGUGGGGGUCGCUAAGUCCGCUAUUUAUCUGGAGUCUGCUGCGUGCAGAUACUGAAUAUUGGCGAGGAUUGGGCCAACGAGCGUGUGCAUUACAACACGCAGGCCGUCAAUCUGGACCCGCUCAAUUGGAUGAGACCAUUUCGUCCAACAGAAUUCAUCUCCUUAUCGAGAUGCACAAGGAUUUCGUUAUCGACUUCGCUCAUCUCGAACUACGACGUAAAAUCGGUGCCGGCUCGAGUGCUGCCGUGUUCAGUGGACGACUUCAGCAACGUAAACCUGUAGCUGUAAAAGUUUACACUCCCUUUCGAUUUACGGAGGAAGUCGUCGCGGAGUUCUCCCACGAAGCAGCACUCUGUGCGUCACUGUCUCAUCCGAACAUUGUCAAGUUCUACGGGAUGUGUGUAUGUCCUCCUACUAUUUGCCUUGUGUCGGAGCUGUGUCAAGGGUCUUUGGAAGACAUUCUUUACGCCCAAGCCAAGUCACGCAGUCGUCGUCGUGUCACACGACAUCUUUUCGACCUUGGAGCUGAGGUUGAGGACACGGAUGUUCUUGAUCGGCAACAAAUGCUGCUUAACAUUUGUUAUAUGCUCGAUUGCGCGCGUGCGGUUGCCUAUAUCCACAGCUUUACGCCGCCGUUCUUACACCGAGACAUCAAGCCUGCCAACUUUCUCGUGGAUAAGGAAAAUAACGUCAAACUUACAGACUUCGGCGACUCCCGACGGCUACCACGAGAGCUACCUGGCAACAUUGACAGUAGUAAAUCUGACGAGCCUCUGACUUCAGUUGGAACUGUAGCAUCCAGUGACUCUCCCGGCCCGAACAGGAGUAUUCCAGCUCCUCCACAGAUCAAAAUGACCGUGACAGGUACAGUGAGUUACAUGGCACCCGAGAUGAUCGGGUGUCGUACUGGUCUAGCCAGUUAUGGUGAAGCUGCCGAUGUGUACUCUCUAGCUAUCACUUUCUGGGAUAUCUUAUACCCGGACCGAGAAAAGUACUCCGUCACGAACCCCCUGCUCGUGUUUGAAGGUGUUCUUAACGGUUGUCGGCCGCCGUUAGAAGACAUGGAUCCUAAUAAUCCCGACGAGAUUUUCCCGUCGAAACUUCGAGGAAUUAUUACCCGCGCAUGGCAUAGUAACCCAAAUGCCCGACCAACGAUGCCACAAAUUGUUCGCACGCUGGAAAGCAUCCAAGAAGAACUGCUAUCAGUUUUGGCUCAAGAUUUAAGCGACGACUUUGAGAGGACGAGCGUCGGGUGCCGAAUGGUUUCGUCGGAAAAGUGCUUCACCGGCGAGUUCCUGGUCGAAAGGAUGGAAGAUCUGGCCGUCACGGAAUCUCGAGGCGAGGGCUUGCGACUCGGUCGGGCACUCAUGGACGCUGGCUUCUUGCAUCACAUUCGUCACGAACGAGGAUUCGAGAACGGCGACGCGGUGUAUUUCUUCGACGACGGCAACAUCAACUUCUGUCAGCCAUUGGCUAUGCUGGAAGAAACCACAGGCACCGAGUCCGACGACGAACACUUUGCUCAGCAACCCAAACCGGCUACGCCCCACACAAGCCCCAAGUCCAAGAGCUCGGGACGCUCGCGACUAUUUUCACACUUGACAUCGACGUUUUCAAAUCCCGGACACCACUCGUCAGGCACCAGUAGCGGCACCGAAGUGGCAGAAGUAAACACCUGUGCAUGUCGUUUACGCGGUCAAAGGCACGUGCCGUCAGGAACUGGAAGCGAUCGACGGCUUAGUCAUGACAGACAGCGUCAACGUGUGUGGCAUAAAAGCCCACUACGGAAUCACUCCAAGAGCCAACGACUCGAGUCCGCGGGGAGUAGCAGUUGCAGCAGCCAUCGAAGUAGCUCAGGUUUCCUGUCUUCUCCUACCAGAUGGAAGCGAAAGAAAGCCAAGCAUCAGAAAGAAAACGCGCUCACACACAAGCUCCUAGACGAAGCAGAAGAGCACGCGAUCGAUAUCGACGAUGAAGACGUGAAGGAAUCACGGACACUCGCUCAGCCAGCGGCCUGA